UCCCACAGAGAGAGUUGAAUGGGAUCCCAGUGUGCUCUGGCAGGAGGCGGGACGGCAGCAGACAGACAGCUUCAGAGUCCUGGACGAGGUUUGACCCAAAAGGAUCCAGCUGCUCGACUUUAAUCGACAUUCCUCCGUCUGAUCGACCCAAAGGACCGGAGCCAAACGGUUAACGGUUAACGGUGCGUAAUUACGCACGGGGACGACGGAUCCGCGGUGCGGUCGCAGUGGAAACCCGCGGACAAAGGACGGCAGACGGGCUGGAGUACAACUACUGAGUUGAGAAGAGAGGAGUAUCGGUACAGGGGAAACGGGGGGAAACCUGGAGUCGGAAGUGAUUUGUCUUUUUUUCGGAAAUGUAAGAAGAAGAAGCGUUUGGAAACCGAGCAGAAAAAAGGACUAAAAAGUGUAGUGGUGAGUGCAAUCAGUGCUCAAACAGCAUCCAGAUCCUCGGAGCAUGGGAGGAGUUGUCUGCGAGCUGUAAAAUGUACCCGCUACAUCGAGAGAGGGAGCAGCCCAUCUUCAGCGCCAGAGCUCAUGUCUUCCAGAUCGACCCGGCCACCAAACGCAACUGGCUGCCGGCCAGCAAACACGCCGUCACCGUGUCCUUCUUCUACGAUGCCAGCCGCAGCGUCUACCGCAUCAUCAGCGUGGGUGGGACGAAGGCCAUCAUCAACAGCACCAUCACCCCCAACAUGACCUUCACCAAAACCUCCCAGAAGUUUGGCCAGUGGGCAGACAGCCGGGCCAACACCGUCUACGGCCUGGGCUUCUCCACGGAGCAGCAGCUGCAGCAGUUUGCAGAGCAGUUCAAAGAGGUGAAGGAGGCGGCCCGUCUGGCCAGAGAGAAAUCUCAGGAGAGGUUUGAACUGGCCAAUCCUGCGCUCAACAUCGCAGCUCCAGAGCUCUCCCAGGAGUUGUCGGAGGAGCGUCAUUCUCCGCCGCUGCUCACAGUCAACGGGCCGGGCGAGGAAAAGCUGUUUCGCAGCAAGAGUGCCGAAGUGGAGCUGACGGCAGAGAAAGAGAGGGUCAAAAAGAUGCUGUCUGAAGGGUCCAUGUGUGAGAUAAACCUGGAGGCUGAACUCUUCACCCUGCAGGACAGUAACUCCAAGCUGGUGGAAGCGCUGCAGGAAGCCAACAGCAGCGUGGAGAUAUGGAAGAAGCAGCUGGCUGAGUACGAGGAGGAGACCGAUCGCCUCAGAGACCAGGUGGCAGAGCUUGAGUCCCAGCUGGGGCAUCCUGCUGCUGGUCAGACUGCUAGAGAGGAACUGAGUCGGUCGCUGGAGGAGCUGGAAGCCCUGCUGAGUGCCAAAGAUCAGGAAAUUCACAAUCUGCAGAGCAAGAAAACAGAUGUGGGUGAGCUGGAGAAGGAGAGAGAGGAGGCCAUGCAGAGACUCCAGGAUCUGGAGAGACAAAACGACGACUUGGAGGAACGGGUCCAGAGUGCUGAAAAGACGCUGGCGUCCAGCCGGGAGGAGCAGGGCCAGGCGGAGGUCGAGGUCCGACGCAUCAUCGACGUUCUGGACGUCAAAAUCUGCGACCUGAACGACUUGAGACAGAGCCUGGCGAAAGUCAUCGACAAAUAGCCACAGCAGCAGUUGGGCUGCAUCUCCACAGUCAGCAAAGGUUCCACACAUGUGGCCUUGAUUUGUGUUUUACUGGUUCAUUAGCAGAGCAACAAUCAAAGCAAUAUGGAGGGAAACUUACAGGCGUUUACCUUCAUGGAUCAGUGCAGGUAAACUGCAGGUAUAAGAAGCCUCUUUAAGGUGUUAUGUGCAGAAUAAAACAUCAUCGCAUUAAUACUGCAACCCUUGUAUGAUUAUCAUAAACAGUUGACAUUGUGGUCUAA